AUGGUAGAAUUUUGCCUUUGCCUAGUUCUUCUUCUCGUUCUUCCUCGCUUCGGACUCCGAAACUUAGAGACUCGCAUCAACGUCGCUCUUGGAGAACUAUUCCUAACUAUCACAUGGCGCAGGCUCGCCAUACAAGUCUCUCUUCUCCGGCUUGUCGUCAAAUUCACCAUCGAAGAUACCAUGAUCAUUAAGCUAUCGAUGAAUAAGGCAGCUCUUGAACGCCCUCUGACCGACGUCUUCGUGGGGCACAGGGGAUCUGGUCACAGUGGCGUCGUGAUCAAUGUCCCGAACUUGCUCCUCUACCACUUCAAACUCGCGGCACCGAUGAAGACGCCGUUCAAAAGAUCUCUUCCGGCUACUCCUGUUCUCGCCACGGUAUCCAGUCUAUAUGCCAUCCUUUGGCAUGCGGCCUGGAGAGUUAAUCUCGACGUUGGAGCAAGUAUGAGGGACGGCAUGACUGGGGUCAUACGUACCCAUGUAGAGUUCAGGGGUGGUUUUGUUGUCUACGGGGUGGACGUUGCGCUUGCACUGAGCGUCGGCCUCAGAACCUAG